AUGUCCCUCGGGGGGACCACAGGCGACAACACGCGCCUGCUUCGGAAGGCUCCAGAGGAGGAGGAGGAGGAGGAGGAGGAGGAGGAGGAGGAGGAGGAGGAGGAGGAGGAGGAGGAGGAGGAGGAGGAGGAGGAGGCGAUGCAGGCGGAGGGCGUGCGGGAGGUGGCCGUGGCAACUGGCCUGGAGGUGCUGUACCAGGAGACCCCCAACUACCGCGGAGCGGCGGCCGAGGCUGACCGCAUGAUCGAGCCAAGGGAGACGGCUAGGCAUGCCUGGCGAGUGCCAGACCUGGGCGUAGAGCCUGUUGCUAGUGCUGCAGAGGAGGCGGUUACUGAGGGGGAACUCAGAGUAAUCAAUCUUGCCGUUCUGGACAGAUCGACGUAA